AUACUUUUCGCUACAGGUAGAAGGCGCUGUAGAGCAAUCAGCAGGGCAAGUCAGGGCAUUUGCUGAGAGCUGAACACACCGAUCAUUAUCAAAAACUACUGCGGGAGUCUAACAAGAGUCACAUCACACUCGCUUAACUCCGAUCAAACACGUCCACAAUCGGAAACGCCAGAGUCUGCAUAUCCCUGGAUAUUCGCCCUGCACGAGCGCUCGGGUCCGGCGUGUCAUCUAUUGCAGGACUUUGGAAAUUAUUAAGGAUCAUAAGAGCAGAUUUGUUUUCUCCGCAGUGGGAAGGCUCGAUCCACCCCCGAGUCUGAUGAUUUGAGAGGGAAGCAAUGCAGCGCUGUGACUGUGGCUGUACACCAUAUUCCCGCUUCAAUCCACACUUCAUCUGAAUCUGCAGACGCACUCCACUGAUCGACCGCGAAUGCAACACUCUUCAUGUGUGUUUUUCUGAUGUUAAAAAACAAAUCUCACCCGAGAUUGCGACUGACGCCAUUUUAAAGCGAUAAAAAGCCGUUUGCUUGAGUUUGAGGGAUUGUAAAGUGCUUGUCAUAAUCUAGUGUAUGGAUUUACUCUCGUAGACUUGAGCAGCAGCAGCUUCAAAAAUGGUUUCUCCUGGGAACAGCUCCACCUUAUCAAGAUUUAUAAGAUUCUGGGAGCAGUAGAGCAAAAAGCCAUCCCUCACUGAUUAAACUCAAACACCCGGACCGGUGCCCAACUGUCCUUUUGGGUCCCUGUUUCCUGAUUCUUGGACCAAGCUUUGAGAUUGUCAAUGGAGCAAAGAGACCUUAAUCGGACUGCCCGGCCCAAAGGAAACGAGGAGUUCUUCUCCACCGUUACCACCAUCAACAGAGCAGACCUCAGUGAGGUGGGUCUCCUCGCCAGUCCAAUGAAGAGCCUGCCUUUACCUGGAGAGCAACAGGACCAUGAAGAGGACGAAGACCUUGGUCUGGGGAAGGACAUGGAUGUCACUUCCAAUGCGGACAGUGAGAGGUGGGGGCAGGGAGAUGGGCUGGAGGAGCAGGAAUUCUCCAUCAAGGAGGCCAGUUUCUCCGAAGGCAGCUUGAAGUUGAAGAUCCAAACGACCAAGCGGGCCAAGAAACCUCCAAAGAACCUGGAGAACUACAUCUGUCCUCCUGAGAUCCGCAUCACCAUCAAGCAGCCAGGAGAGCAGAAGACCGCCAAGCAAGCCAAGAGUGGCAAGGGAGGGAAAGAGGAAGAUAAAGGACCACCCAGAAAAAGGACCUACGAGAGGCCUUAUAAACUUGUGAAUAAAACUGACAACGUGAUGAUGGAGAGCACAAAACCAAAGCAUGAGUCUAAAAGCAACGACAUUCACCACCUUGACUGGACAAAGACGUUGGAUACUGUUGGAGAUGGAGUGUACCAAGAGCAACGCAGGCCAGAACAAGAAUCAAAAAGAGAACUAGCAUGCACCAACAAGAACCCUUUGUCAGAACCCAACACAUCAUUUCCAAAAGCGCAAGUUAAAAAGGGCACAAACAAUUCAUCUGGAGGUCUCUUUGCAUCUGCCAUGUCUUCCCCAAGCACUGACACACUAGCAUCAUCUCCAGUUGAUACAUUAAUGAAUACCCCAGCUGACUCAAGUCUGUUCUCUUUUAGCAAAGACAAAGGCUUGCAGGUAGUCACCGAGCAGGUUUUUGGGAACAUCAAACGUAAAUAUGGUAGGAAAGACCCAAUGAAGGCCACAACCACACAUCAUUUAGCCCUUCAAUGGGUCAAAAAGAUGGACAGAGAUACUGAAAACCUAGGAAGUACUAAGGAAAGACAACCAUACAAAACUGAUAAAAAUGAAUUUGAAACUGAGGAGCCUGAGAAGUCAAGCAAUAGGACAGAUGAGAGUAAGACCACAUCAAGCUGUGGCACCCUUCACGCAGAUGAAUCUAUGAGUAAAAAGCGAAAAAAUAGAAAAGUAGUUGAAGAUAACUUAUCUGAUUCACAAACCACACAGCAAGUUGAGAAGACUGAUAAAACAGACCAAGGGAGCACAAAACCUAAAAUGUCAAAGAAAAUAGAUUUCAUUGCACCAAAACAAUUCGGUGUGAAUUCACGAGAGAGCGAGGAAGACAGUGCUGGGACAAUGACUGAUGAUGUUGAGAUGUUUCAGAAUAGACAGAGGAAAACACUAGCUGGGAGACCAAGAUCAAUGACUGAUGCCGACAAGCAAACAGAGGGUAGGCUAUCAAAGGUCAAGGACAGGUGGUCUUAUUUAAAGUCCCAGAACUCCUCUCCUCAUAAAGACGUGAAUCAAUCUUUGUCCAUUGAAGAUCCACCCUCUGCCUUCCCUAUUACCCCAUCCAGCCCACUCUACACAAACACAAACAGUUUGACAGUGAUUACUCCAGUGAAAAAGAAACGUGGACGCCCCAAGAAACAGCCGUUGCUUACUGUGGAGACAAUUCACGAAGGAAGCGCAACAAGCCCAGUUAGCCCUAUCACUCAAAAUUCAUUGAGCACUUCAAAAAGAAGGAGGAAGCAUAAUAUGUCAAAAUUAGUGCAGUUGGCCUUGAACAAAUCCCCUCCUGCACAACAGUUAAAACUCAAGAAAUCAGGUCAAGAAGGUGUCCUUAAAAAGAGGGCAAAUAAGAAAAUGAAACUGGUCAAGAUGCAGAGCAUUUUGAAUGAACUUUUGUCCACUUCUAAUCCUGGCAAUCUUGCCUUGAAGUCCAAUGUUCCAGUUUCAAAUGCCAUGACGACCGUGGCAUCGACAAUCGAGGCCCGUUUUGGCAAGCAAAUCAAUGUCAGCAAGCGUGGGACUAUUUACAUAGGCAAAAAACGGGGAAGGAAGCCCAGAAUUGAUCUUCAAGCCCAGCAAAAUGAGCACAAAGCCAGUGAUAAGCACUCGUUGCCUAUUUCAAGUCCCUUCGAGAACCCUCUAGUGCCUUCUAAUACAUCAUCCACGACCGGAAUGCCUUCUCCCAGGGUCAUGCAGUCCCUCUCUUCUCACUCUGCAGCAGGUGGGACAGCUCACCCUGGCACCACAGAUACCAGCCAGCAUGACCUGAAGACAAUGCCAAAUCUACAGCCUAUCAGUGCAUUGCCCACGAAAGCGCAUAAGGGCUUGCUCAGUAGUAACUGGAAGCUGUCACCCCCAAGACUAAUGGCCAACUCGCCAUCCCACCUGUCUGAAGUGGCUUCCAUCAAAGAAGUCACCCUAUCUCCAGUAAGUGAGUCCCACAGUGAAGAGACAAUCCCUAGUGAUAGUGGAAUUGGCACUGACAACAACAGUACAUCUGACCAGGCCGAGAAAGGCCCGGCAUCCCGUCGGAGAUACUCAUUUGAUCUCUGCAGUUUUGAUGCCACUGAGGCAGCUGUUAUUGAGGCAAAGAGCAAAGCAGUGAGGGGGCACUACCAGAAGCGUGUCACUGCGGUCGCUGUUGAAAAUUUCUUUGCUCAAGAGAGCCUGAAGAAGCAGAAGCAUAGGAGGAAGCGAAAGGCCCUCCAGAGCCAGGACGACCUGCAGUUUAUGGCUGACCUCGAGGAGCUGGUUAGCAAAUUCCAGGUCUUCCGAAUCUCUCACCGCAGCUACAAAUUCUACCAUGAGAAUUCCUAUCCCAGCAUCUUCCGUCUUAACUUUGACCACUAUUACCCUAUGCCAUAUUAUCCCUACGACCCUGUGCACUAUCUUCGCAGGAGCUCUGAUAAGUCAAAGAGGAGGCGUGGUCGGCCAGCCAAGUCAAACGAGCCAAUAUCAAAGAUGCCUUUUAUUCAAGGGUUUGGCUGCCCAGUGCCUGGUGGCAAUUACUAUGCACCCUACGCGAUGCCUUACACAUCCAUGCCUCUUGCCACAAGUAUGAUAAACAUGGGCUAUUAUGGUCAGUACCCUUCUCCCUUUUACUUAUCUCAUGCGCUUGGACCUUCUGCCUCUCCUAUCAUGAGGCCACCAGUCCCUCCACCAAAGUUCCACCCUGGUGCAUCCUCCAGUCUCACUGCUCCUAGCAGACAUCGAGCAAAGAAUAUGCCACAUGAGAUGCCUUCAUCUAGAAUGAGCGACUCCCAUAACCCUUCGAGCAGCUGUUUGGGAAGUGUCUGUCUCCACAAACGCAAGCACAAGCACAAGUACAAACUUAAAGAGGAUCAGUACAUCCAACAGAGGGAGGAUAUCGGUGGGCUCUUCAGUGGAACCCAGAGUCCUGCCUUUCUCAGCCUCUUGAACGAGAGACUCGAGAAUAACUCUCUGUCCAAACUGAAGGACAAGCAAAGAGGCAAGCAAAGCACAGAUGCUUCGCCAAAAGCUUCCAGGAACUACUUUGAAGUAGACACUCUCUCAUCAUUAUCCUUAUCUGACUCUCAGCAUUGUAAACGCACUCGAGGAGAGACUCUAAACAACUUCCUUAACAUCUGCACUAGACAACCACAUGAGCGCCUGCGAGCCAGCCAGGACCAGACACUGGACUCCUUCAAGGGACAGCACUUAGAGGAUGAUGAUUCUAGCGUUCAAAUCAGGAGGCAUAGCUUGGAGAACUUUGCUGCAUACAGGGGAGGAAACAUGGCAUCUUUCCAAGGAGGUAGAGAAGAGAGGGCCGAGCAGAUGUACCAGUCCAACACAUCUGUAGCAGACCACAGUUCAUACAAGAGGAGGUACAAGGGCAACGAAGUGCAAGACAUCCAGUGCGACAUGCGAAAAAUGUGUGCCUUCUCCAAGAUCCUCACCACCAAGAAAAACCUGGAUCACGUCAACAAGAUUCUAAAAGUCAAGAGACUUCAGAGGCAGGCCAAGACAGGGAACAACAUGGUGAAGAGGCGCCGAGGGAGGCCAAGGAAGCAGCCGCUUUCUCUCGAGGAGGGAUUGCUGGGUCAGAUGCCAGUUCUUGAAAAGUGUGUGGACCUUCCUGGGAAGAGGAACCUUCACACCGGUCUGGUGCCUGCUCAGCUUGAGUUCUCCAACCAUGACUCCAUCACAGACGCCAUUGAGUCAGUGGUACACAUGGCCAGAUCCCAAACCAACCCGCAAUCCACGCAGGGAGGCAAGCACUGGCACAAAGUUCAGCCGGAGCUCCAAAUGGAGCGUCCAAACCGCAGAGGAAGAGGCUACAGGAAAGAAGCAGCCACUCUCUCCUCUCAUUAGCGAGGUUAUGACAGUGCACUGUGAGUUAGCCUUGUGCUUGGGUCUUUGUAUCGUUUCUUCGGUUUGUUUUGAUCUGAAUUCUACUGACUGACACAUUUCAAUGGGCAUUCGCUGAGAAUUCGGAUCAUGGUUGUGGUCUAAAGAGCUCUGCUUUUUUCAGUGUGUACAAUUCUAUCACAUACUUUAUUAUUGGUCUCAAGGAGACAAACUGAACUUUUACUUUCCCAAAGCCCAUAACCAUGAGGAUGUUGAAAAUAUGGCUUUAGCCAUAAUCUACCAGCACAUGUAAAUGAACUUCAAUGACAGUACUGUGCACUUUUUUCCUUUCUUGUUUUUUAUUUCGCUCAAGCACAAAGCACAGAUCUUCUGGCAGAGGUUGAUUUCACUGGUAACUCACCGUUAACACACGCUUACAUACGCUUGCCUGCGCUCAGGUGUGUUUCAGGCAUGAACUAAUGGCAAUACUUUCGGAUGAUGAAACCCUUUUCAGUGAUGUUUUGACGGCUAUCGUUUCACUGUACAUAGCAUCAUAUUCUACUAACGUUUCAAAUUCAAAGUAUUUUAGAUCUACCUAUACUGUCAGCAUAUCAAAUCAAAACCAUAUAAGGUUUGAAAUGUUUUUGUUCCGUUUUUAACCAAAUAGAAGUAGAAAGUUUUGUUCAAAUGGAGAAACAUAUUUAGUCGUGUAAUCUUAACGAAGUGGAAUCACUGCAGAUCGAAGGCUUGUUGAAGACACAGGACAUCAAAACGCAUCCCAGUAGUUCACUACAGGCUUGAUGGAAAAAUGCUACGGUUGCAUUUAAAACCAACAAAGCACUUAUUUCUUUUCUUUCUGUUUCGUAGAACAAGUUUGAGUGGGCUGAAGUUUUAGUGGCAGUGUUGGUUUUUUGCUUUAAAUAAUAGUGAUAUGUUCAUGAUCUGACUGGAAAACAAGUUCUUAUUCGAAUGAGACGCCUUCUCCAGAGACUCUUUGAGAAUGUGCCUGCUCUUGUUAACUAAAAAAUAGUACGUCUAUAUACCUGUCAGUAUUAGAUAUCUCCAUGACCAAAGUUUCAGUGUAGUUGUCCGUCAUAGGAUAGAUUGGUUUCAGUUUAGCUGCUUGUGUAUAUUCCUCUGAAUGGUGUUGUGGCGUGCUUAUUUUUCGUUUAGUCUGUCAUUUGGAUUGGAAAAAAUACAAAACAGAAUGUACACUGAAGACUAUAUAGGUGAUGGUCAAAAAUGAAUCAAAUAUAUGUCCUACGCGGUUUUAGAAACAAGUUACACUGAUAUACGUAAGUGACAGAAUAGAUUUGAAUGUGGUCCUAAUUUGAAUAGCUUUCCAUUUGUUAUAUCGAUUUCUUAGUUUUAACAUAUAUGUGCCUUAUGUUUGUCUAUAAAUCCAUAACAUGUUCAGGUACUGAUGUCAAGAUAUCAGUCUAGAAUGUACAUAAUAGAGUUUGCUGCCCUGGUUGUGUAAUGUGUUCAGUAUAGUAGGCUUCAUUCUGUCUAUAUACAUACAUUUAUAUACAUAUAUACAGUUCAGUGACCAGGUAGCACAUCUAGUACGCCUAAAGACACUCAAAAUAUCUCUAUAACCAAACCCACGCAGGGUUUUUUUAAAAAAAAUGAAUACAUGCUUAUUUACUAUGCAUCAGGUUAUUGCUGUGAAUCCACUUUUAGCAUUUAAUCUUUUGUAAGCUUUCUGUUUAAUGAAGUGGUCUUACUGAAAAAAAAACAAAAUUGAAAUCUGAACCGUUCAAAAGAAUAGUGCUAAAACUGACUAUCAUUUCUUUUGCAAUUCUAGUCAUUGUCUAGAGGAGAAAAAUCAGCCUCUAAGCAGUGCAGCCUUAAUCAAAAAUUGAAUUCAACAAAUUGUCCCCUGUAAAUAGUCGACCUUGCUGUAUAGCUGCGUGAAUCAUGCCUAAGAAUCAUGUCGAUAUGUUGCACUCACAGUUGUCCAAAGCAGGACGCAUGUAGUGGCUUAACAUGCCAUGUGGUGUUAUGAACUAGUCUGUCCUCGUGAUAACUUGCAGUGCAUUAAAGCUCAAAGAAAUAAUAUAUGCCGGCAGCUAUUUGCCUCAGCCAGUUGUACUGGACUUUUUGUAGGAUGUGUUCCGCUAAACACCUGCGAACAUUGCCAAAAAUGUUGACCAUUUAUUAGUGCUUUAGGCACCGAACGCUGUUAAAACAAAAUGUACACCGUAGCAGUUUUCUGAAACAUUGUAGAUGAUUAUAAUAGGUUAAUCAAACGUGGCUUUGGUAACAAGGCCUGGCAGCUCAAAUAUGCUCGGCUUCGGUUUUAAAAUGCCAGAUAUAUUUUCUCCACCAGCUGAUAAUUGGUGCCUUGUGAAGUUAAGUGUAUUUUUUUAUGUUCCUGCUCCUAAACGUCAAUAGCGACUUUGUCGAGUAAAUGUUUCCGAGGUCACCGAGAGAAUGUCAUCCGCUCAAAUGUACUAUAGUAUUUUUAGUUUGUAUUGCUAUUAAUGAAGUUAUAAUACAAAUGAAGUGUUAACCGAAAGUGAUAUUCCUAACAAGGACGCAACAGAAGCUCUUAUCGCUCUCUAAAUUUGAAUUCAUGCAUAUGGUGUUAUGACCAUUUUGAUCAUUUGAUUUCUCUCUGCAUGCUCUAUUACAUUGUAUGCAUAUCAAUUUUAAAAAAAAAAGUCAAGAUGAUGAUCUUAUACAUUGUUUGAUAUGUUUUUUUUUUUGUAAUGGAUUUUAAAUUCAUAAAGCAUUUUGUACAUUGUAUGGAUAUUAAAAACAGCAAAUAAUGGACGUAUAUAGAGAAGAAUAAAAACUGAUAUACACAAACAUAUGCAUUGUACAUAUAAUGUAUGUAUACACAUUCAUGUUUUGUGUAACUGUGUAUACAGACAUGUUUAUAAAUACAAGUACUACCCUGUACAUAUGUACAUACAUAUAAGCUUGCAUGUAUUUGGUCAUGUUUGCCGUUCAUGAUCUUGUAGUUUUAUUUUUUUAUUUCUUUUUCUUACUGUAAAGCUCAUUUUGUGCAGCCAUCUCCGGUGAACAGUAUUGAGCACUUAAAAUACAGUUGAUCUUGUUCAUGUCAUUCAUUGUGCAAAAAAAAUUAAAUAAAUGAAUUUAUCGAGAGCUCA